GACGUUACCUCCCAAAUAUUUUUUCUUAAGGUCUUAAAGGUCAUGUGUGACCAUUCAUAAGUUUAAAAGUAAUGCCACCUCUUCAGAAAAUCGGAGCAGAACACGUACAUUAAAACCGUCCAGUAAUAAUUAUACAGUUCUCUUCUAGAUAUAAACGUCAGGUAGAUGAUAAACAAUGAACAGUAUUGCCAGAAGCCUUUUGCGGUCAGUUAAACACGGCCGAGCUGCGUGGCUGAGGAGCAGCUCUGCUCACUCUGGAAAGCAGCGUUUUGGCAGACUGGUUUUGGGAAUAGAGACAAGCUGUGACGACACCGGCGCUKCUGUGGUGGAUGAAGCUGGCUGUGUUCUGGGAGAAGCACUGCACUGUCAGAAGGAAGUUCAUUUACAAACAGGAGGAAUAAUUCCCGUGGUGGCACAGCAGCUUCACAGAGAAAACAUCGAGCAAGUGGUACAAGAGGCUUUUCGUGCCAGUGGYGUUUCUGUAGCCGAGCUUGCGGCUGUGGCGACUACAGUGAAACCCGGGCUYGCUCUAAGCCUGGGCGUGGGGCUGAAGUACAGCCUGAGCUUGGUCAACAGGCACCAGAAGCCCUUCAUCCCCAUCCAUCACAUGGAGGCUCACGCACUGACCAUCAGGCUCACACAUCACCUGGACUUUCCCUUCUUAGUUCUCCUCAUCUCUGGGGGCCACUGUCUCUUGGCAGUAGCACGAGGAAUUUCAGAUUUCCUUUUGCUCGGACAGUCYAUCGAUAUCGCACCGGGUGACAUGCUGGAUAAGGUAGCACGAAGACUGUCUUUAAGAAAGCACCCAGAGUGCCACAGCAUGGCUGGGGGGAAGGCCAUAGAACACUUGGCUCAAACUGGGAACCAGGAGCUGCUCACCUUCCGGCUGCCCAUGCAGCACUAUCGGAACUGCAACUUCUCCUUCUCUGGACUUCAGAACCUCGUCAAUAACGCCAUUGUACAAAAAGAAAAAGAAGAAGGUAUUCAAGAAGGUGAGAUCCUGUCCUGUGUUAAGGAUGUUGCUGCUGCUGUACAGCAUGCAGUGGCUGUUCAUAUUAUCCAGAGGACAUAUCGAGCCAUGCUGUUCUGCAUCAAAAACAGCAUUUUACCAUCAAAAAAUGCCACUUUGGUUGUAUCAGGAGGAGUUGCAAGUAAUCAGUAUAUCCGAAAAGGUCUACAGAAUUUGGCAGAUGCAAAUGAUUUUGCUUUGCUGUGUCCUCCUCCAAGACUCUGCACUGAUAAUGGUGUUAUGAUUGCAUGGAAUGGCAUUGAAAGGCUGCGUGCAGGACUGGGCGUUCUGCACAGUACUGAUGGCGUCCGCUAUGAACCAAGAGCUCCCCUUGGAAUUGAUAUUUCAAAAAGAGUUGAAGAAGAUUCGAUCAAGGUGCCAGAAUUAAAAAAGAUACGAUGGUUGGCAUCUUAAAAAUUAACUUAACAAAGUAAUUGCAACUAUAAGUUGUUCAAUAAAAACUGUUUCAAUGCUGUUAGAUUGAG